UCAAGAAUGCAGAAGAAGGCGGCAUCCAAGGCUCGGGGCAAGAAGCGGGCCAAGAAGGGUAGGGGGUCCCGUAAGGGGAAGGAGAAAGUGGCCUACGAUGAGGAGGAGGAGGAGGAGGAGGAGGAGGAGGAGGAGGAGGAGGAGGAGGAGGAGGAGGAGGAGGAGGAGGAGGAGGAGGAGGAGGAGGAGGAGGAGGAUGAGGAAGAGGAGGAGGAUGAGGAGGUCGAGGAGGAGGGCGAGGACGAGGAGGAGGGCGAGGGCAGUGGAUCAAAGGAGCCUCGCAAGAGGGCCAAGGGGAGCAACCCCUGGGAUUGCAGCGAUGAAGACUAACAAGCACCGUAACUCGCGCAAUCGCCGCCACCUAGCUAAGCACACCACCGUUUCGCUUCAGAGCUGAGAUUUGGACGGAAAUGGGGAACGGCAAACACGGGAUGGCUUUCAAUCACGUACAGAGCAGGCUGGGCUAUGGGCAAAAAAGAAU